AGUGGAGGAUUUGGCGAAUCGGAUGAGCACCUGCUAGCCUUGAAGGGGAAGCGGAGCACUGGCCCGCGGUGCUCUCGCCACUUCCGGCCGUCACUCAUCGUGAAUUCGAAGCCCAGUCAUGGAAGCUACUUGGUUCAGCUCUCACGUCUUCCGUCCCCAUAGCUCUGGAACUAAACCUAAGUUACUUAGAGGUAGCCAAGCAGAACAAAUCCAAUUUUACUGUAUAAAGAGCCAUAAAACUGGGGUUUCUGCAUUUGAAAGAAGGCAAUCCCUAUUUUUGAACGGGUCCUUGUUUGAUAGAAUAAAUCGGAAGCAUUAUGUUAACUUCUCUGAUAAGCGUCGAAGUGAAUAUUUGCAUGUGGAACCCCCAAAUAUCCAGCAUUCAAGUCAGGAAGUUGUUCCACCAACUCAAAGUGAUGGAGCAGAGUUUCUUGUGUCUCCUGAUCCCAGUAACUCCAGAAACCUAAACUUGAGAUCCAAAAAGUAUAAAAAUAGGUUUCUUGAUUUUGUUCGCUUGAGUUCUGUCCUGAAUGGAAUUGCUGAAUCAUUUUUCAAAAGUGAGAUACGGAGGAGGUUAUUUGUGACUGCUGUACUAAUUGUACUCAGUCGUGUUGGUUAUUUUGUUCCUCUACCUGGAUUUGAUAGGAGGUUGAUACCACAAGACUACCUGAGCUUUGUCUCAGGAUCUGUUGAUGAACUUGGUGACUACACCUCUGAGCUCAAACUUUCUCUUUUCCAGCUUGGAAUCAGCCCUCAGAUUAUAGCAUCCAUUAUUAUGCAGGUUCUCUGUCAUGUGGUUCCUUCUCUAGUGAAACUGCGAAAGGAAGGUCUAGAUGGACAUGAGAAGAUAAAGAGUUAUAUAUGGUGGAUGUCACUUGGCUUUGCGAUUUUGGAAGCUCUAAUACUUGCCUGCUACUCACUUCCAUAUUCAAUUUAUGCUGCCAGUCAAAGGGUCAAGCAUGUGAUGGUGACAACUCUUUUGUUGGUGUGCGGUGCAAUGACUAUUACAUGGAUAUGUGAUACCAUCUCAGAAUCCGGCUUUGGUCAAGGUUCAUCACUUAUUAUAUGUGUGGGGAUAUUGACGGGUUAUAUGGAGACGUUACACAAAAUGCUGACUCAGCUCUCAGUGAGUACUGUUAGCUGGUGGCCCUAUGUACUUGCAGUGUUGGGUCUAUUUACAAUUGUCACUAUGUGGGCAGUUGUAGUCACUGAAGGUUGCAGGAAAGUGAAACUUCAAUAUUAUGGCUUCAAACUUGCUUCUGCUGCAAGAGAGCAAUCCCCAAUUACUGAAGUGGAGCCCUAUAUUCCUUUCAACAUCAAUCCGUCAGGAAUGCAACCUGUUCUUACCACCAGUUACCUCUUGGCAUUUCCAAGUAUUCUUGCAAGUUUGCUUGGUUCACGUUUCUGGGAGCAUGUCAAGGACAUAUUGAACCCUGAUACAUCUGCUGGUGCUGAGCCUUGGGUUUACUACUCCAUCUAUGCCUUUUUUGUCUUCUUGUUCAAUAUAUUUGAUAUUGCCAACUUGCCCAAGGAAAUUGCUGAUUACCUGAAUAAGAUGGGUGCCAGGAUACCUAACAUAAAGCCUGGGAAGGCUACAAUAGAAUACCUUUCGAAAGUUCAGGCAUCCACACGAUUCUGGGGGGGGCUGCUGUUAAGUGUACUGGCGACUACAUCAAGUAUUCUUGAUCAUUAUUUACGCGCUAAUGCUGGAUUUGCAAUUGGGUUUACAUCAGUCUUGAUUAUUGUUGGUUCCAUUAUUGAGCUUAGAAGAUCGUAUCAAGCGUAUAAGUAUAAUGUAAUGCAGUUAAGCAAGGCCCUGAGA